AUGUGUGACUACACUCAGCGCGAAUACUCCUGUGGCCACCUCCGCUGGAUUGCCUCCAAGUGGUGCCGGGAAUACACCGUCACCCACAAGAGAUGCCAGCCCAAUGUUACCCACUUUGAGUACCGGAAGGACGAUAUUUGUGGUGAUUGCAAGUCGAAGAACUAUCCGGCUUGGGAGGAACUCAUCCGCCCCAACAAGCAGGUCACCUACUAA